AUGAUGAGUACCGAAGCACCGAGAAAUCUUUUCUUUUAUGAGUUAUGCAGGCUGUGCCUAGAGAAUGCCGGCGCCACUGAUGUAUUCGAGUCCGGAGAGUUCCUUGAAGACAUUUUUGCGUGCACAGGGGUGAAACUUGCUCAUGCGGAUAACUUACCACACAAAGUGUGUACAAAAUGUCUAGACAUAGUGAAAAGCUCUAAGGAGUUGAGAAUACUGGCUAAGAAGAAUGAUGCACAUCUCCGCACUUUAUUUGGCGAUGUUGAUUCUGAUGCUGAAACUGUUAUCCUUGAGCCUAGCACUCGGACAACCCAUGAGACUGCAUCAAAAGCAGGGUCUGAAACUUCAGAGCCUAAAAGCUCAAAAGAGAAAUUAAGUUUUCUCCUACAAGAAGGCGAAGAAAACAGCACUAAGGCUAUCCCAAUGUUUAGACAGACAAUAGUUUUGAGGAAAGAUCUGUUUCCACCUUCAUCUCAGUCUGCUUCAAGUCCUACUGAAACGAAAACUCCAGAUAAAAUAUUGAAAGUAAAAGUGGAAGAAGAAAAUCGAUGUAAACGGACCAAGACAGGGGAUGAUGAUGAAACAGUCAUAUUUCAUUGUAAUGACUGCGACAAAAGUUUCGACAAAUACAAAAAACUGUACCUGCACCAGAGGCUUCACAACAAGAAAAUAUUCUGCCCCCUAGACGCCUGCGGCAAAAAGUUCGCCACCAAAGGCGAUAUGGAGAAGCAUAUCCGGACACACACAGGGGAGAAACCGUUUAAGUGCAAACAGUGUAAAAAGAGCUUCGCGCAGCGCGUGAGCUUAAGGCAGCAUAUUUCAAGCUUACACGAUGAAGAUGAUGAUGAUGACUGAUAAAUCACAUUUAUUAUAUUCAGAGAAAACUUGAAGUUUUAUCAAUUUUGUUGAUUUAGACUUCGGUCUAAAGACUUGGACACUUACCACAAGGAUUUUUGUACACUGACCCGCCUCUUGCUAUCUCUAUUGCACGCGCAUAGUUAUAUUGCUGUCCCGCCCAUGAUGCCCGCUGUCAAUGUCACUGUACGAGCGUGAUAGCAAUAUAAUUAUGCGCGUGCAAUAGAGAUAGAAACAGUCGGGUCAAUGUACGAAAAUCCUUGUAGUCGUCUUUUCUUUAGUUGAGAGGUUCAGACAGUCUGAUAAAAUUAAUGUCAUGUGCCAAUAAAUUAAGGUUUAAAAAAAAGUAGAACCUACAGAAUAUGACGAAUUAUAGUCACUACAGCCCAAGGUUGUUAAAAUUUGAGGAAAGAAUGGGGUUGGCAACUGUCAAAGGUUUGCAUAGAUGGAGCCAUCAUAGCUUGCCCCUUUUUCUAUGAGAUUUGGCUUAAAUCCAGGGUAUUAAAAAAACAAAAAUUUGACACA